UCGGAAGUGAUAAUUAUACGAAAAGCAACUAUGAAAGUUGCAUAUGGUGUUUUAGCCAUAAUUUUGCUGGCGUUCAGCAAUAAUUUUACCUCUGGUUAUGUGGUAUUGCCAAAUGAGAACUUAAACGAAGAUUUAGUUCAAACAAUUGAAGCCUGGAAUUUAUUAUUUGAUGCCAUUUUUAAAAAUAACGAUGUAGAGCAACAUUUUCAAUUACCCGCAGAUGCUCCCAUUAACUUGGAAAAUUUCCAAUGUUUCUUGAAUUACAAACUAAGAAAUAUGGAGGUAUUAACCCAAGUUGGCCAAGAAAUUAGACAAUGUGUAGAUGUUUCCAUUAGGGAUUUACAACAUUAUUUCAAACGUCACUCCUUUAAGCGUUUGAGAAAACAUUUGUCACAUGAUAUUGUUCGUUGCAAGACUAAGACUGACGAUGAUGAUUCCUAUUUGGAUUGUUUUGUCGAUGUUGUUCUUAAAAGUUUUAAAAACUUUAACGAGGAAAAUCAACAUGUUGACAAAGAAACGAAAAAGUGUGUUCGUUUCGAACUGACAAAGUUGUCUAAUGAAUUAAUUGCUGUAAACGAGAAACUACAAACUUGUUUGGCGGAUAACUCUUAUCCUCCUUCAGUUGUGAAUUCUACAGCUGCUCCUCAGUUGAAUACUACUUUGAAUCCUUGGCAAAAUGGCACCUGGAAUCCUUGGCAGAAUUCUACCUGGGCUCCUUGGCAAAAUUCUACUUGGAACCCAAUUGCUAAUAGCACUUGGAGUCCUUGGCCAAAUACGACAUGGAAUCCUCGGCCUAAUACCACAUGGAGUCCCUGGCCAAAUUCAACCUGGAAUCCAUGGCCCAAUACAACAUGGAAUCCUUGGCCUAAUACGACAUGGAGUCCCUGGCCCAAUAGCACAUGGAAUCCCUGGCCUAAUACAACAUGGAGUCCUUGGCCUAAUUCCACCUGGAAUCCUUGGGAAAAUAGUACAGCUAUACCACCAACAGUAAAUACAACAUUGAGUCCUUGGCCCAAUAGUACAUGGAAUCCCUGGCCGAAUACAACAUGGAGUCCU